AUGGCAAUCUUUAGCCACAAAGGCAUGCUGGGCGGCCAUAUUAGUGGUAAAGCCCUGCAGACUGGUGUAUGUAUCACUGCCGCUUCUGGCUUCUUACUUUUCGGCUACGAUCAAGGAAUCAUGUCCGGAAUCAUCACGGAGCCUGCCUUCUUAGAACAAUUCCCUCAAAUGGAUCCGGACAACAAGAGCGGCGCCAUUCAGGCAUUGGUCGUUGCUAUCUACGAAGUCGGCUGUCUCAUUGGAUCCUUCCUCAUUGUCUUUGUCGGAGACAAACUUGGCAGACGGAAGUCGGUCUUGAUCGGAACUGUUAUCAUGCUCAUCGGAACUGCUCUGCAAUCAACUGCCUUCACAUUAGGACAUAUGAUUGUCGGACGGAUAGUCACUGGAGUAGGGAACGGCAUGAAUACAAGCAGUAUACCUGUCUGGCAAUCCGAAAUGGCUCCACCAACGAUCAGAGGUUUCUUGGUACUGUUUGAGGGUGCCCUCAUCACAGGUGGAAUCUGCUUGAGCUACUGGGUCAACUACGGUUUCUGGUUCGUCACACAGUACGACUCAUUCCAAUGGCGGUUCCCGAUCGCGCUGCAAGCAGUCUUCGGUCUCCUCCUGAUACUUGGUGUAUUGCUCUACCCAGAGUCGCCUCGAUGGCUCAUCAAAACUGGCAAGCAGGAGAAUGUGGAUGCUGCACGAACCAUUACAGCAGUUCUUGAGGACAAGCCAGCCGACGACCCAACUCUGAUCGCCGACAUCGCGGAGAUGCAACGCAUCAACGAGAUCACCUCUUCGACUAAGCUCAAGCCCAAAGAGCUGCUCACCAACGGCAAAGAGAUGAAUCUCUGGCGACUCAGCGCGGCUUGUCUGGCACAAGCCUUCCAACAGCUUGGCGGUCUUAACCUGGUCACAUACUACGCUACGACUGUGUUUGAAGACAGUCUUGGCUUCGAUCCUGAGCUUUCUCGUCUAAUGACUGGCUGCCUGGGCACGGAGUUCUUCAUCUCCGCCCUUAUCGCGCUCUUCGUUGUCGACAAGCUCGGACGUCGCAUGCUCAUGCUGUGGGGUGCCUUCGGUAUGGGAACAAGCUUGCUCAUCAUCGGCGCUUGCCUAUCGAAAGCGACCGACACCUACAAGGCCCCAGCCUACGCCGCCACCGUCUUCAUCUUCGUCUAUAACACCUGUUUCGCCAUCGGCUGGCUCGGAGUGACCUGGCUCUACCCGGCCGAGGUAACUCCAAUCCGAAUCCGUGCCGAAGCCAACGGUUUCUCUACCUGCAGUAACUGGCUCAUCAACUAUGGUGUCGUCCAACUCGCACCCAUCAUGAUCAACAAGAUCGGUUGGCAAACCUACUUCGUCUUCAUGUGCUUCAACUACUUCCACAUCCCGGUCGUAUACUGGUUCUUCCCCGAGACUAACGGAUACAAGCUCGAAGCCAUGGACGCCAUCUUCGAGACCGCACAUGAGAAGGGUGAGAACCCUGUGUGGACCGAGAGAAGGGUGCGAAAGGGUAAGGAGACUAUUGACCUGGAGAAGCACGAGCAUCCGCAGGCUGGAAGUGAUAGUGAUCCCGAGGGCACUGUGCGUGGAGCGGAGAUCGAGAAGGAGGAGAUUGCGGAUGAUGAGGAGUACAAGAGAAGGAGCAAUGAGCUAUGA